GUGUCAAACUUUACAUAUCAAUCUCGCUUUGACAAACAAGGGAAGUACAUGUCUUCACUUCAAACAGGCGUCAUUAGUAAAGGCCGAUAAACAUGUUUACCGUUUAAAAAAAAUAUACCAAAAAAGUUAUCAUCGUAUAAAAAAGACGUCACAACAGAGAACUUUCAUUUCUUUAAAAAUUAAAGAAGUAACUGCUUGGUAAAAUUACAGUAAGAUAAUCAUGUGGAAUAGAACUUAUACUUAUAGUUUUGAAAGAGGGGAAUCAACGCUCUUUCAUGUGGCUGAUUAUGUUGUUUUUGGACUAACUCUUUUGGUUUCUGCUGGAAUAGGACUUUUCUAUGCAAUUAAAGACAGGAACACUACUAGCGAGAAAGAGUUCCUGCUGGCGGGACGUAACUUGUCAGUGUUUCCUGUCGCUUUAUCGUUACUCUCAAGCUUCAUCUCAGCAAUAACACUACUCGGAACACCAGCUGAAGUUUACAAGUACAACACGAUGUACUGGCUUAUUUCUAUAGGAUUUGUUAUAUCUGCUACUGCCUCAGCUCAAAUUUUUAUUCCAGUAUUCUACAACCUAGGAAUCACGAGCAUAUUUGAGUACAUUCAUAUGAGGUUUGGAAGACUUGUAAGAAUCAUUGCCUGUAUUGUUUACUUAGUUUGGAUGUUGUUCUACAUGUCUAUUGUACUUUAUGGUCCAUCAUUAGCUCUCAGUGCAGUAACCGGUAUAAGUUUGUGGGGCUCUGUGGUAGCAGUAGGAGUUGUGUGUACAUUCUAUACAACAUUGGGUGGAAUGAAGGCAGUGGUAUGGACGGACUCAUUUCAAAUGUUGGUAAUGUUUGCUGGUAUGUUCACGUUGCUUAUAGCGGGUUGUAUGAAGUUAGGUGGUUUAGACGUGGCAUGGAAUGUGGCAUACAACAAUGACAGAAUUCAAUUUUUGAUCAUGGACUUUGACCCUACAACCCGACAUACAUUCUGGAACGUUAUAGUCGGUGGUGGUCUAUUUUGGACUGCAGUAUAUGGUAUAAACCAAGCACAGGUUCAGCGUGCGUUGUCCCUGCCUUCACUAAAAAAAGCAAAACUGGCCUUAUGGUUGAAUCUACCGGGUAUGUUUAUUGUAUUGACUUUGGUGUGUUUGGUUGGUGUGACUAUGUAUUCUUUCUUUAGUACAUGUGACCCUGUUACCCUAGGAAUAGUCGAGAAAACCGACCAGCUGAUCCCACAAUUCACAAUGGAGCUUGUUGGACACCUAGAUGGUUUACCAGGACUUGUUAUAUCAUGUGUGUUUAGUGGAAGUUUAAGUACAAUAUCAUCUGGAUAUAAUGCUAUUGCUGCCAUUUUGCUGGAAGAUUUUGUGAAGCCAUGUUUUCCUAGAAUGACAUCAUCUGUAAUGACUGUGAUUUCAAAAGUAGCCAUUGUUGUCUGCGGAGCAGUUUGCCUUUUGAUUGCUUACGUCGUUUCUCAGCUCGGUGCAUCUAUUUUACAGGCAGCUUAUAUUUUGUUUGGUAUGCUUGGAGGACCUUUACUUGGAUUGUUCACACUUGGAAUACUAUUUCCCUGGGCUAAUAAAUGGGGAGCAUUAAUUGGUCAUCUGACAGCCCUGGUAAUAACACUAUGGAUAGGUCUAGGAUCAUAUUUGAACAAAGUGGUUGUCACAUCGCCAUCAGCACUGACAAUAGAAGGAUGUCGUAUGCCCAAUGCUACAACAACAACGACAAUGUCAACUAUCCCAUUAGUUUCCACUGGUUCUGUUAUACUAGAUGAAAAAGAUGAUUUUCCAUUGUACAAGAUGUCUUAUAUAUGGUAUACAGGACUUGGCAUGAUAUUAAACAUUGUUGUUGGGUUGAUUGUCAGUUUAUUAACAGGUCCGACAAAACCUAGUGAAAUAAAUCCAGGAUUAAUUUGUCCCAUAUUUGACGAAUUAUUUCCAUGUCUUCCAAAGAAACUCAGGAAAAAGUUGCAUUUUGGUGUCCGUCACGAGGAUUUCGUAAAAUUUAGUCCAGACGAUCCUGACACAAAAGAUCGUGGUGGAUACGAUAACAAGGCUUUUGACUUCAAAGAAGCAGAUGAUAUAAAAAAUGAAAAACCUAUAGCUACUGUUUAUAACGGAAGUCCUAGUUAUGCGAUUGGAAAAGAUUAUGAGAAAGAUUUUAGUACGAAGUUAUAGAAAUCCACACCACACAAUAUGAUACUCAAUAGCUGUCAAAGCUUAUAUACAGACCCGUUGAACUUAUAUAUUUGGCACUUUAUAUAUUACAUUUAAAGGAAUAAUUGAAAAAUGAUUUGCAAUCAAGUGAAAUGUUUUUCUGAGUCAGCUGGAGUUAAUCGAGUCUUUGAAAGUGCAAUUUGUCUAUCUAACUUGACGAUUUGACGUACAAUGUAUAUUCUUUUUUAUGAAUAUUAAUUAUGUUUAGUUUUUAUAGUUUAGAUGUAUAUUAUUAUUGAAUAAAGUUUUAUUUUGUACAAA